AUGGAAUUGUUGUUACCAGACGAUGUCCUAGAGCACAUCCUUGAGAGACUUCAUCCGGAAUCGUUGAUGAGGUUCAAGUGUGUGUCGAAGAAGUGGGCAUCCACAAUCGAAUCCACAUACUUCAAAGAAAGACAGCUGACCAUCCAUAGUGGUGGAGAUCCCUUACUCCUCUUGCUUUACAUGUCUUGUGAUGAUGAUGAGGAUGAUGUUGCUGGUCCGAACAUGGAAGAAGUGCCCGUGUCAAUGUCAAUUAUGUCAUCACCACGAGUUACUGCGGUGAAGAUCCCUACCGAGAGCACAUUUGUUUCCCAGACCAGUUGCGACGGUCUUGUCUGCGUCUACAGUCUCUACGGUUCGGGUCUCGUAGCCAAUCCCACCACCAGAUGGAGUCGAAGUUUCCCUCCGUCAAGGUUCCAAGAGCGGAUUCGCGACUUGAAAGACAAAUUCUUCGAGCUUGAAUACCAAUUCCCUCUCCUCGGAUUCGGCAAAGACAACCUCAACGGCACGUUCAAGCCGGUCUUCUUGUACAACAACUCUUGUUCCGAAGAGCUGGGACUUGAUAAAGACUGCGAAACCACAUGCGAAGUUUUCGACUUUAGCACCAACGCUUGGAGGUACGUUUUCCCUGCUUCCCCUGUCCGCGUUAUCGCUUUCCUUGAGCCUAUGUUUCACGACGGGUCGCUUCACUGGUUCACCGAGGAUGUCGCCAUGUGCAGCCUCAGCGAUCGUCUUUGCGUGUCUCAGAGGACGCCGGACCUCUCACAACUCGUAUGGUCCUUUGCUUCAGGAAACAUGACAUGGGCCAAGUUAUAUCACAUAGAUCACUCCAUAAUCUCUUCUUGGUUUGGGACGCACGCAUACGCAUCAUCGCUACUCUCUGUGUUAGCACUUCCGUCUGUUGCUAAAGGGAAGAAGCCUAAGCUAUUGCUAUAUGAUCGCGGGUUUCUCGACCCCAAGCAACGCCUCGUGCUCCACGAUCCCGAGACCAAAUCUUGUGAACUGGUUUUUGAAGCCAAAUCUAUCGGCCUUCCUCUUUGUUAA